AUGGCGUCCAAAGCCGCUGCCAUUCUCUCUAUCCUCCCUCUCGCUCUGGCGACCCUCGACAAACCCGUUAUCCAGCCAAACUUCCCCGGAAAUGGCCUUGCGUCCUUGGGUCAGGGUCUGUUGGACAAUCUAGCCCCUACGCACUCGACGUGGGAUGAUUGGGGCGCUGGUUGGAUCCCCCAGGACUGCAAAACUUUGGUUGAGGGCGCCGGAUUCUCUGCUUCCGACGUCAUCCCCUUCAACAUUCACUAUGACGACUGUGCCCAGACAUGGACCUUUUGCCGCCACAAGGACUCUCCUCUCAGCGAAGUCCAGAUCCUCGAUCUCUUCGGGCGUUUGCCCGUUCGGAUGAGGUCCUUUGUCCGGCAUCUGGUCUUCAUCCCCGGUAACAAGUCUGCCGGGUCCAGCGGAGACAACGUCCUGAUGACUGGCCCCGUAGACAUCACUGUUUACGCCCACGAGAUUGGCCACAGUCUGGACUCUCACGCCUUUGACCCUUCAUACGGCGUGCCUUUCUCUACCGGCAACGUCUGGAUCAGCAACUACAACCUCGACUCUGCCGUGACUGAUCCCUACGCGCAGACCAGCCAGCAGGAGAACUUCGCCCAGGAGACUGUUGUCUCACUGUAUGACAAGGUUGUACCGGGCGGAAUUGGCACGAUCCAAUCCAACUGGCAGGCCAUCUUCCACCAGUAUGCCACCCUUGAAGGAUACAUUGGCGAUGUCAUCAUCCCCGGCGGUACUUGCACCCACCGCUUGACUGAUAGCCCGGCCGUGCCGAUGAGCGGCUCUGCCAAGUUGCGUCGUGGCCUGGGACCUAAACCGCAUGUUGCUUUGAGCCCCGAGGUUGAGGAGAUUGAGGCUAUCCCCAUGAAAAGCUCCAUUACGAUGACUUCGUUCGAUGAGGCCGGCAAGCCCAAUGGAACUUAUGUCAUCAAUCUUUAG